AUGAGCAGCAAUUCCUCCCUCAGCAAUGUGAAGGGCCUGAGGAACCUCACCACGCAGGAAGACGGGGCAGUCAGAGUAACAGAGUCCAUUGCUAUAAUCGUCAUUGCUAUUUUCAUCUGUUUGGGCAACCUGGUGAUUGUCGUCACCCUCUAUCGGAAGUCUUACCUUCUCACAUUGAGCAACAAGUUUGUGUUCAGCCUGACCCUCUCCAACUUUCUACUCUCUGUACUGGUGCUGCCUUUUGUUGUCACCAGCUCCAUCAGGCGGGAAUGGAUCUUCGGAGUUGUUUGGUGCAAUUUCUCAGCCCUGCUCUACAUGCUGAUCAGCUCAGCCAGCAUGCUUACUCUCGGACUCAUAGCUAUAGACCGAUACUACGCUGUCCUGUACCCGAUGGUUUACCCAAUGAAGAUAACAGGCAACAGAGCAGUGGUAGCUCUUGUGUAUGUGUGGCUACAUUCCCUUAUUGGCUGCCUCCCUCCCCUUUUCGGCUGGUCAUCUUUGGAGUUUGACCAAUUCAAGUGGAUGUGUGUGGCGGCCUGGCAUAAAGAGGCUGGCUACACUGCCUUUUGGCAGAUCUGGUGCGCGUUGCUGCCUUUUGUGGUCAUGAUGAUCUGCUAUGGAUUCAUCUUCCGCGUGGCAAGGAUUAAGGCCCGCAAAAUUCACUGUGGUAGCGUUAUCAUUGUGGAGGAGGACUCCCAGAGGAAUGGGAGGAAGAACUCCAGCACCUCCACGUCCUCUUCUGGCAGCCGAAGGAAUGCUUUCCAAGGGGUUGUCUACUCAGCCAACCAGUGCAAAGCUUUCAUAACCAUCUUGGUUGUCAUCGGUGCUUUCGUGAUCACGUGGGGGCCUUACAUGGUAGUAAUUACAUCAGAGGCACUUUGGGGAAAAAACAGUAUUUCCCCUACCUUGGAGACAUUAGCUACGUGGUUGUCCUUUUCCAGUGCCAUUUGCCAUCCACUAAUUUAUGGACUGUGGAACAAGACAGUGCGCAAGGAACUACUAGGAAUGUGCUUUGGGGAUCGGUAUUAUCGCGAGUCCUUUGUUCAGCGGCAUAGGACAUCGAGGUUAUUCAGCAUUUCCAAUAGGAUCACAGAUUUGGGACUAUCUCCUCAUCUCACUGCCCUCAUGGCAGGUGGGCGGCCAUUAGGAAACAGCAGCAGCACAGGAGACACAGCUUUCAGCUGCUCACAGGAUUCAGGAACAGAUGCAAUGCUUCUUGAAGAUUAUAGCUCAGAUGGCCCUCAUGCCCCACACUGCAUCUGUCCUCCUCGAAGGAGGAGUUCAGUGACGUUUGAAGAUGAAGUAGAGCAAAUUAAAGAAGCUGCAAAGAAUUCUGUUCUUCAUGUGAAAGCCGAAGUCCAUAAAUCUCUGGACAGUUACGCAUCCAGUUUAGCAAGAGCUAUUGAAGCUGAUGUGAAAAUCAGUUUGUUUGGGGAAGAUGCUUUACCAGGAGCUCUGUUCCCUGUGCGGACUCUUCCAGGAAGCAGUGUGAACACACGGCGUGGUAUCAGGCCCCAUGCUAGCCAAAGACUUCAGUUGCAGAGCAUCGAUGAAGGGAGUAUUUGACAGGAGCACUGGAGUAAGAAAACAGAGUGAAACCACUAAGCGGGACCUACUACAGCUCUUACUGUUUUCACAGAACCAGGAUGCCUCGUCGGGACGUUUUCGGUGUUCUUUCAACACUUGAAAACCAGCUGAAUUCUGGUACUUACAUCAGCAUUUUACAGCAGUAUUUGUUUACUGGUUAGGGUGCUAUUGACUCUUUUGUGCCAUGUCUUAAAUCUAUCACACAGUGCAUAGGAAUGCAGGGUUUGGUUUCAUCGACCAGAUCGUUAGUCUGUCGAAUCUUGGGUUCAUUAUUGGCCAAAGCGGAU